UGAGCUUAAUGCAGCUGAAGUGAGUUGUCCCCCUGUAUGAGAACCACAGCCUCUACAGUCAUAGUGUAAAUCGUGUCUCUUUAACUGAGGUAUUCUCAGGACGGGGAGGGGGGGUGGAUGGGUUCAUGGGGUUCAUGUAGUAUUGGACGCCUCCUCCCAUUUCAGGUUGGCUGCUUCCCCGGCUCCCUCGGUAAAUGGGGUAGCUGUAAGGCAAAUAGGUGAUGGGAAUGGCACGGAAGUUUGCAGUGGAGAUGACCAAAUAGUCGAGCUUGACCUUUAUUCGGGACGCAGAAACUCGACCAGCCGAUGACUCCAAACUAGCUGCCAUUUUCAGGUCAUUCGAGGCACCGGGCUAACUUGUCUGUAGCUCCAGCCGGUUGUAUGAAGAAGCCUGCUUUAUUCGCCUGUUAGUCGCCCACUGGGAUGGGGGAAUCGCCUCGUCCUGUGCCGUCUAGUGGAGGAAUAUAAAUCAUGAUGGCUGAUGGAUGUUGCAGAGGGAUGGAAAGAGGCAGGGGCAAGAUUGCAUCAGAUUCUUUACCGAGACCCACAUACCCCCAGCAGUAUGUCCAGAGCGGCUCGCAGCAGCAGGGCAAUGACAUCCAGGAGUUAGCCUCCAAGCGCGUCGACAUCCAGAAGAAACGCUUCUAUCUGGACGUGAAGCAGAGUGUGCGCGGGCGCUUCCUCAAAAUAGCCGAGGUGUGGAUCGGGAGAGGCCGUCACGAUAACAUCAGGAAGAGCAAACUAACGCUGUCUAUGUCGAUGGCCCCCGCUCUGCGCUACUGCCUGGGAGACUUUAUAGAUUACUACGCCCGGAUCGGGCUGCGGGGGGGCCUGGCGCCCUCGCAGCUCGAGGAGCACAGCAACAACGGCCAGGGCCGCGCGCACGACGCCCGCAGACGAGCGCAGGAGCAGCACGCGGCGCUGUCUCCCACCGGCUCGGCGGUGUCCGACGACCAUGCCCACCGCGUGCUCAAGAGCGAAUUCAUCGAGAGGGACAACAGGAAGUACUUCCUGGACCUGAAGGAGAACCAGAGAGGUCGGUUCCUCCGCAUACGGCAGACUGUCAGCAAAGGACACGGCACGAUGGGCUACUACGGCCAGGGCAUCGAGCAGACCAUCGUGCUGCCCGCGCAGGGGCUCAUCGAGUUCCGAGACGCGCUGUCGCAGCUCAUCGAAGACUACGGCGACGAGGAGGGCGACGAGCGCGGCCGAGCCGGGUCCAGGAAUCACGACGACAGCCCCGAGCUUCCCGAGGCCGCGUCCUUUCGGGUGGACAACAAGAGGUUUUACUUCGACGUCGGCUCCAACCGCUACGGCGUCUUUUUGAAGAUCAGCGAAGUGCGGCAGCCGUACAGAAACACCAUCACAGUCCCCCUGAAAGCCUGGGCUAGGUUUGGAGAAAAUUUCAUCAGGUACGAGGAGGAGAUGCGACGGAUUUUCUCGUGUCACAAAGAGAAGAGGACAGACGCCCGGCAGGACAGCGAGGAGCAGGAGGACUGACCUUGGCAGUAGGCUGUCUGUGCUUUUGCAUGUGUUCUAGGGAUUGUGUUAACGAAGAAAAUGUUAGUAAAUGCUCUCCAUGAUGUACUGUAUGUGUCCCUACUAGAUGCUGUGUCCCACCCUUAACUUUUCGGCUCACCUGCCCCCCCGGGGGGGGGGGGGGGCGGCUGGCGAGCGACUGAUUUGAACCUGCCAAGAAGUCAUUCCUUCAUAGCCUAAUGCCUACAUCUGCUCUCAUUUCUCCGUGCUAUUUUAAUGCACUUUAGCCACUCAGCCUGGGCCAGUCCGGGCCUACUUGGGGCCCUGAGCAGAAUUUUAUAACACCCCCCCCCCCCCUUUCCAAAUUUACGAGCGCACUGUAAAUCACAGCUUUGUUUUAAUCACAAGUCACACGGAAGGUGACACGGUGGUAGUAGGAAUGUGGUGUGAGCCAGGCAACCACUUUGAUACUUUGGGCCCAGAGCAUGCUGGUUAAACAGUUUCACGAUGCCUAAAUGUCCAGAAAAACUGUCAGCCGCAGUUAAAACACUGCAAGUGCAAGAUGAACAUAUAUCCAAUGAGUUAACGUACUGUGUGUUCAGUAGGGUUUAGUUUUUAUGAAAAGUGCAAAUUAAGAAAUUGUACAAAAAGAAAAAUAUAACAUUUUAGUAAUGAUAUUUAUAUUUAAAAUUGCAAGUAAAUACGAACAGGGGACCUGAUCUAUGAAAUUUGCUUGUUCGGGGGGGCCCCUGCUGGCCAUGGAGUCCGAAGCAGGAACUUAUCUGAGUGCAACACACACCGGGCUGCAUCAACCCGACACCUGCAGCGCACACCGGCCUGACUGCAGAGAGAGAAAAAGUAGUCACGGUACAUUGACCGGGAAGUGCUUAGCCGGUGGGGUAAGAGGCCGCGCUUCUGGAAUGACAUGCGACGGUGCGGGGGAGUGGGCCGGUGGUGUGACAGGCACGUAGAAAAUAGCAGACACAGGUGUUGUCACGUGCGUCAUAACGCUGCCGGUGUGUGUUGUCCUUCAGGGGAUUCAUGCCUCGGUCCAACUAUGGCUAUUGCCUACACUCAAAAUUCCUCAUUCAUCAUAACAGUUACAUUGCCAAUUACAGUUGCUACAUUUGGCGCGCGCGCACACACA